AUGGUGGCACCAGAUCCUGUGGAAUAUUCAGAAGCUGUUCCUGGUCUCCCUACAUCAUAUGCUGCUAUUCUAAGAAUCAAAUCUGGUAGUUCAUCUUUAGCUUCAUCUAACUCAAAGAACAGACCACGAUUAAGCAGUCCUUCGUUAGGAAGUGUACCUUCGCCAGGCUGGAGAGAAGCUGCACAACCUUAUAAUUCCCCAACAAACCUCUAUCACUUUUCAGAGGCCUUCAAACAUGAUGAUGAAAAUGUCAAUUAUGGACCAGUGUUUGUACAGGAGCCAGAUGAUGUGAUUUUUCCCACUGAUUCUGAAGAGAAGAAAGUGUCUCUGAAUUGUCAAGCUCAUGGAAAUCCUACCCCCACAUAUAGAUGGCUUCGAAAUGGAACUGAAAUUGAUGUUGAAAGUGAUUAUCGCUACAGCCUAAUAGAAGGAAGUUUGAUCAUCAAUAACCCUAAUGAGAUGAAGGAUUCUGGACAGUAUCAGUGUUUAACGACCAACAUGUUUGGUAGCAUAUUAAGCAGGGAAGCUGUUCUUCAGUUUGCAUAUCUGGGGAAUUUUAGUGGUCGGACAAGAAGUGCUGUCUCUGUACGUGAAGGUCAAGGAGUGGUUCUGAUGUGCUCCCCUCCACUUCAUUCACCAGAGAUCAUCUAUAGCUGGGUGUUUAAUGAGUUCCCAUCUUUUGUGGCAGAAGAUAGCAGACGCUUCAUCUCCCAGGAGACAGGCAAUCUCUACAUCUCCAAGGUGCAAAAAUCUGAUGUUGGCAGCUAUAUAUGUCUGGUAAAAAACACAGUGACAAAUGCCAGAGUUUUGAGUCCUCCUACACCUCUGACACUGAGGAAUGAUGGUGUGAUGGGGGAGUAUGAACCAAAAAUUGAAGUUCAUUUUCCUUACACAGUUACAGCAGCAAGGGGAACAACUGUUAAGAUGGAAUGUUUUGCACUUGGCAACCCUGUUCCAACAAUCUCUUGGAAGAAAGUUAAUGGUCAUAAUCCAAGUAAAGCCCGUCUGAGAAAAUCCCAAGCUGUGCUUGAAAUACCUAAUGUGCAGCUAGAGGAUGCAGGGAUGUAUGAAUGUAAAGCUGAAAACUCACGUGGAAGGAAUGUCUUCAGAGGACAGCUACAAGUGUACACCUACCCACAGUGGGUGGAGAAACUUAACGAUACUGAAUUAGAUAGUGGGGAACAGCUACGAUGGGAAUGCAAAGCCACUGGAAAGCCAAGGCCCACGUAUCGUUGGCUGAAAAAUGGAGCUCCUCUCUGGCCACAGAGCAGAAUUGAGAUGGUUAAUAGUGUACUGAUGAUCCGCACUGUGAACAUCUCAGAUGCUGGAAUGUAUCAGUGCUUAGCAGAAAAUAAGUAUGGCACCAUCUAUGCCAGUGCCGAGCUGAAGAUUUUAGCUUCAGCUCCCACUUUCCCACUAAAUCAAAUGAGGAAAACAAUAAUUAUUACCAAGGGCCAAGAAGUUGUCAUUGAGUGCAAGCCACAAGCCUCUCCAAAGCCAACUAUCACUUGGAAGAAAGGAGACAAAGCUUUAAGGGAGAGUAAGAGGAUAACUAUUCUUCCACAAGGAAGCUUGCGAAUUCUGAAUGCUUCCAAGUCUGAUGAAGGACGGUAUUCAUGCCAAGGUGUAAAUGUAUUUGGGUCUGCAGAAAUUGUUGCAUCAGUAUCUGUUAAAGAACCUACAAGAAUAGAGCUGACUCCCAAGAAGAUAGAGUUAACGGUUGGAGAAAGCAUCGUCCUCAGUUGCAAAGCCCUUCAUGAUAGCACACUAGAUGUCACUUUCUAUUGGACACUUAAUGGGCAGCCAAUUGAUUUUGAUAAAGAAGAUGGACACUUUGAAAGCAUCAAGGCACAAGCGUCCUCGGCAGACCUGAUGAUCAGGAACAUCCUGCUGAUGCACGCCGGGAGAUACGGCUGCAGGGUCCAGACUGCAGCAGACACUGUGUCAGAUGAGACCGAGCUGCUUGUUAGGGGUCCUCCUGGUCCCCCAGGGGUUGUAAUAGUGGAGGAAAUUACAGACACCACAGCAACACUCUCCUGGAGUCCUGGGGCAGACAAUCACAGCCCGAUCUCCCUCUACAACCUGCAAGCACGCAGUCCAUUUUCUCUUGGCUGGCAGACAGUAAAAACAGUUCCUGAUGUGAUAAGUGGAGACAUGGAGUCUGCUAUGGCUGUUGAACUGAACCCUUGGGUUGAGUAUGAGUUUAGAGUUGUAGCAACCAACAAAAUUGGGACUGGAGACCCAAGUGCACCAUCCCGCAUGAUCAGAACCAAUGAAGCAGUUCCAAAGACACCUCCAGCUAAUGUAAGUGGCAGAAGCGGAAGGCGUCAUGAAUUAGUAAUAGCAUGGGAGCCAGUAUCAGAAGAGUUUCAGAAUGGAGAAGGAUUUGGAUAUAUUGUAGCAUUCAGACCUAAUGGAACACGUGGUUGGAAGGAAAAAAUGGUGACAUCUUCAGAUGCCUCAAAGUUUAUCUAUAGAGAUGAAAGUGUUCCACCUCUCACUCCUUUUGAAGUGAAAGUUGGUGUUUACAAUAACAAAGGUGAUGGUCCCUUCAGCCCAAUUGUGGUCAUCUGCUCAGCUGAAGGAGAACCCACUGCUGCUCCUAUCGAUGUCAAAGCUACGAGUUUGUCUGUAUCAGAGAUUCUUGUUGCGUGGAAACAUAUUAAAGAAAGUCUAGGAAGACCACAGGGAUUUGAGAUUGGUUACUGGAAAGACAUGGAACAGGAAGAAGCAGCAGAAAAGGUGAAAACUGCAGGAAAUGAGUCAUCUCUCCUUCUGACAGGGUUAGAGGGAAAUACGUUAUAUCACCUAACUGUGCGGGCAUACAACGCUGCAGGGUAUGGACCACCUAGCACUGCUGUGCGUGUAGCGACCAAGAAGUCCCCUCCCAGCCAAGCACCAAGUAAUGUUAUGUGGAUACAGGAUGGUUCUCAUGUGUCUCUUGGAUGGGAGCCAGUCAGACCUCUAGCUAAUGAAUCUGAGGUAAUGGGAUACAAGGUGUUACUUAGGCAAGAAGGCCAAAGCAACAGUCAAGUUAUAGAAACACAGAAAACUUCCGCAGUGGUAAUUCUUCCUGAUGUUGGUGUCUACAUUAUUGAGGUCUGUGCAGUCAGUGAAGGAGGCGAUGGGACUGCUAGUCCCCAGAUUAGAGUUCCAUCUUAUGCAGGUAAAGUAACAAGUGCUCAGUCCACCUUACAUAUGUUCACUACUUCCUCAUCCUCUGUAACAUUGCUUUUGGUACUCAUGGUUCCUUCAACUUCCUGGUGAAGACUGCAGACUUUGUUGUUGCUGUUAUUUAUUUGCUUUAGCUUGAUGACAACAAGGGACAGAGUUGUAUGUCUGUGGAGCAACAGGAAACCCAAGCUAGUGCUUGAAGACCCAUAGAAAUACCUGUGGUGCACUUAGAAGAGUUUUGGAGACACAGUCAAAAAUUCAUCAGGUUUUUUUCUCUUAAGUUUUUGUAAAAGUCCUCUGGGAAAGGGGACAUUUCUUGGCCCAAAAAUAUGCAGAUUGUAUGUAAUAAACUUUUGUAAGCAAAUGUAAUUUCUGUCAAAUGUACUUUACUUUUAUAAUACGUUCAAUUUUGGUGACCCCAAUUAUGUAUCAUUAGGUGUUUAAACAGUGGUGUCUAGUACAGUACAUCCAUUUGGUUCAGAAAAAAAAACAACUUUCUUUAACUAGAGAACAAAGUUUGAUACAAGUUCAUCUAACACUUCUUGCAUUCCACAUAGUUGGCUGUUCUUACU